GACGCGGCGGCCGUCGUCGAGCGCGACCCCGCGGCCGAGUCGCUCCUCGACGUGCUCAACUUCAAGGGUUUUGCCGCGCUCGUCGCGCACCGAGUGGCGCGGCGGUCCUGGGACCGGGGCGAAAAGUCCUUCGCCAAGUGGCUCCAGGGCCGCGCGUCCGACGCGUUAGCCGUCGACAUCCACCCGGCGUGCACCAUCGGCAAGGCCGUCGUCUUCGACCACGGCACGGGCGUCGUCGUCGGCGAGACGGCGACGAUCGGCGCGGGCUGCACGAUCCUGCACGGCGUGACGCUCGGCGCGACGGGCAAGGAGCGCGGCGACCGCCACCCCAAGGUCGGCCGCGACGUGCUCCUCGGCGCGGGCGUUUCGAUAUUGGGCAACAUCAAGAUCGGCGACGGCGCGAAGAUCGGCUGCGGCGCCGUCGUGCUGCGGUCCGUGCCGUCCGGCGCGACGGCUGUGGGCGCGCCGGCGAAGAUCGUCGGCCGGGCCGUCGAGGCCAAGCCCGCCGCCGAGGCCGACCUCGGGCUCCACGGCGUCCAC